AUGUGCAGCAAGAAGAUGUUGGGCCAGACGACACAGCGGCUUCAUGACAAUCUGAUCUUCGACGAGAUCGUGACGCGUUUACCACCUAGCGACGUCGCCCGCUGUCGAGCCGUGUGCCGUGCGUGGCACACGGCCCUCACCUCGGACGACUUCGCCCGGGCCUACGGCGCCGCCAAGUCAGCCGCGGCGGCGCGCCAACCAGAGCUCCUCUUCUUCGCGCCGGCGGCCGACGCCAGCGCCAGCAUCAGCACCACCCUGUACACCUGCGCGCUCCGCAACGGGGAGGCGCCGCGCGCCGCCCGCGAGCUCCUCACCCUCGGCAACCUCAGCGCGGCGCACGUGAUAGUGUCCCCGAGGCCGUGCCACGGCCUGACGCUCGUCUCCGACGGCCCCGCGUCGCAGCACUACGUGUGCAACCUGUCGACCGGCGAGCACGUCGCGCUCCCGCCCUGCGAGCGCGCCGCAGCCGUGGAGUUUCGGGAUUCGAUGCGCAUCGGCGUGGCGGGCCGAUUCCUCCGGCCUCCGCCUUGGGUCCCCUUCGAGAUCGCGAGCACCGGGCUCGGCUUCGACCCGGCCACCGGGGAGCACAAGGUGGUGAGGCUCUUCAAGAGGCGGAUUGGGGAGACGGGCUGCGAGGUGUGCACCUGUGCCCCGGGGGGCGCGUGGCGGCCCUGCUCUGGGCGAGUGCCACCGCCGUCGGCCAGCUUUAUAGCCGGCCUGCCGCCGGUGUACCUCCGCGGUUCCCUCUACUUUCUGCUGGAGCUGAACAGCUUCACCGGCACGGAUCAGCCUGUCAUGUCCUUCUCCGUCGGCGCCGAGCGGUUCGGGUGGGUGCACAUGCCGCCGUUCCUGGCGGACCGCGUCGGGACGCUCACGGAACUGGAUGGCUCCCUGUGCGCCGUCGUCGACCUCCGCUUCGACCACGAGAGGUACUCGCUCUACACGUGGGGCGGCGACGGCGACACCUGGUCGAAGCGCUACCGGAUCGACCUGCAGAGCUUGCCCCAGGCGAUAAGCGACGAGUUCGUGGAGGAGGAUGAUGUCAUCCCGCUCUGCAGUUGCAGCAGCGCGGGGGGAAGCGAGAAACUCCUGCUCGCCACGGGCUUUCACAAGGUCUUCGCUUAUGACCCCAACCGCGUCGCCAUGGAGAGGGUGCUGUGCUUGCAGGAGUUCGUCGACGUCCCGGCGAGGCGCCAAGAGGCCGGCUUCCUUCUUCACUUUGGACUCUACCAGGACAGCAUCGCCAGCGUCCACCAAAGCGGCAACAGCAGCAGGCUGCAGGUAAAGCGAGGCACCAACACGGUUUGCAAGCGACAAGUUUCUCAUGUGUACCGCCAAGCCGGUUCACGUAAAAUGAGAGACUUCUUGAAACACUUCCGGAAGGAGAUAGCCGGACGACGCAUGAACAAGGGUUGA